AUGAGAUUUCAAAUUAAUCCAACUCCUCGUACAUUUAUUCUUCCCAAAUUGUAUCUUUCAGUUGACAGAACGCCACCUGUUGCCACAUGCCCUGCGGAUAUCCUGCGGGAGGUUGGAUUAGGACAAACAAGUAUUCAAGUCUUCUUUACUGCACCUACUGCAAUAGACAACAGUGGACAAGUCCCGACAAUUACUUCUCAAUCUCAUUCAACAACAGAUUUCUUUGUCCCUGGUAACACCCAAGUUACCUGGACCUUUGCUGAUGCCAAUGGAAAUCAAGAUUCUUGCAGCUUUAACGUCACUAUUACACAAGUUGACAGAACGCCACCUGUUGCCACAUGCCCUGCGGAUAUCCUGCGGGAGGUUGGAUUAGGACAAAUACGUAUUCAAGUCUUCUUUACUGCACCUACUGCAAUAGACAACAGUGGACAAGUCCCGACAAUUACUUCUCAAUCUCAUUCAACAACAGAUUUCUUUGUCCCUGGUAACACCCAAGUUACCUGGACCUUUGCUGAUGCCAAUGGAAAUCAAGAUUCUUGCAGCUUUAACGUCACUAUUACACAAGUUGACAGAACGCCACCUGUUGCCACAUGCCCAGCGGAUAUCCUGCGGAAGGUUGGAUUAAGUCAAACAAGGAGUCAAGUCUUCUUUACUGCACCUACUGCAAUAGACAACAGUGGACAAGUCCCAACAAUUACUUCUCAAUCUCAUUCAACAACAGAUUUCUUUGACCUUGGUAUCACUCAAGUUACCUGGACCUUUGCUGAUGCCAAUGGAAAUCAAGAUUCUUGCAGCUUUACUGUCAUUAUUAUUGUACAAGUUGACGGAACGUCACUUGUUGCCAUUUGCCCUGCGGAUACACAGUUGGAGGUUGGACCAAGUGGAACGAGUAGACAAGUCUUCUUUAUUGAACCUACUGCAACAGGCAACAGUGGAUUAGUCCCGACAGUGGUUUCUCAGAGUCAUACACCAGGUGAUUUCUUUACCCUUGGUACCACCCAAGUUACCUACACCUUUGCUGAUGGCAGUGGAAACCAAGAUUCUUGCAGCUUUAACGUCAUUAUUACACAAGUUGAUAGAACGCCACCUGUUCCCUCAUGCCCUGCUGAUACACGGUUGGAGGUUGGACCAAGUGGAACGAGUAGACAAGUCUUCUUUACUGCACCUAAUGCAACAGACAACAGUGGAGUAGUCCCGACAGUGGUUUCUCAGAGUCAUACACCAGGUGAUUUCUUUACCCUUGGUACCACCCGAGUUACCUACACCUUUGCUGAUGUCAGUGAAAACUCAGAUUCUUGCAGCUUUAACGUCAUUAUUACACAAGAAUGUCCUAACGUCACGAUGGAAACUGAAUUCGGACAGGCCAGACUUCCGAUGACUGAAGUUGGAAUCAUUAUCGACUCGGAAGAACUGUGCCCAGAGGAAGGUUCUGAAGGCCCUGUGGCACCAAUUAUUAGAGCUGUUUGCCAAGUUUCUAGUAACGGCACAACUUAUUGGAACGCCAGUAUGAGAUGUCAAGAUGAUAUCACUCGACGAUUAAUGGGAAUAUUGAUGGCAAGUUACACCAUGAUUACUUCAAAUGCUCUUACAGAUAUGAACAGGUAUACCGUGGUGGUUUGUAUUAAUGUGUGAAUGAAUGGCAACUAAGCACAACAGAGGU